UUGGCUGGUUACGGUGCCGGUUGCAAUCUAGCUGUCAUUCCAACUGCUAGCGGCGGUGGUUUCCCUGUCGCCAGCGCGUCUCCCAUCCCGCCUGUUGGAGUAUCUGUUCUCUCAGAGAACGAGAUCGCAGGAAUUCUGUCCGCCUUUGGUGAACUGCCUUUCCUAGGCACCGUUGGUCUGGAGGGUGUGCUUCCAACUGCUGGUGCUGGUGCCGUCUCUUACGGUUGUGGAAACGGUGCUAUAGGUAUCAUAAGCGAAGACAUUUCCGGGUCCACUUUGGGUUACCCGGCCAACGCUGGGUUGGGUUACAGACCUGGUCUUGCUACUGGAUUCGGUUACGGUCCCGCUUUCGCUGGACGCGCCAUCGGAGGUUGCGGAUGCGGUAUCUACUAA